AUGCUUCGACAACAUGAUUCAACCAUUGACAACGCUGAAACAACUUCAAAUGACCAUAAUACAGAAUAUGAUAGCUUAUCGUCGUCGUCAUCAUCAAUUAUCGAUGAAGAUAUCGAUUUUGAUUUAGUUUAUUCAAUGCAUACAUUUGAAGCUACUGUUGAAGGUCAAGCAAGUGUAGAAAAAGGUGACUCUUUAACUUUGUUGGAUGAUUCUAAUAUUUAUUGGUGGUUAGUUAAAUUGACAAAAAAUGGAAAAACUGGUUAUAUACCGGCUGAAAUUAUCGAGACACCAUAUGAAAAACUGGCAAGAUUGAAUAAAAAUAGAAAUCUUAAUGUAAGCAAAUAA